UGCCGCCCCCACGCCCGGAGCCGUUUCCCGCCGGAGCCGCGGGGAGACCGGGGAUGGAGCAGCAGGGGCUGGGCCCGGGCCCGGGCCUGGGCCUCGAUUACCAGCAGCUGCGGCAGACCGAGCGGGCCGGCGGCGAGGAGCUGGGAGCUGGCGGCGGGGCCCCGGGGUUGCAGGCCCAGGCCCAGGCCGGGGCUCUGGGUGAGGGAGGCCCCGCCGCUUCACUCUCCCUGUUCCCGGCUGCCGCUGGCGGAGAGCCCGGGGCCCGGGCCGAGCCUGAGAUCUUCGUCGUCUUUAACCUGGCGGGGGAGACGGAGCUGGAGCUGGGCCGGGAGCCAGGAGAGGCCGAGGCUCAGGCGGGAGGCCUGGCGCUAGGCCCCGGACUGGAACCCGAGCCUGGGCCUCGAGUGACCGCGGCCUCCCAGGAGAGCCACCUCCGGCUGGAGGCCGAGCCGCCGCCGCCUCCUCCUCCUCCUCCUGCCGCCGUCCCCGGGCUCCUCCUGGAGCCGCCUGUAGGCUCGGGCCUUCCCGGGGACGGAGCCGGCGCCUCAGCCUCGGCCUCUCCUGGAAGCCUGUCCGGCACCAUCACCAUCAACAACCGCAACCUCCUGGUCCGCAUCGAGAACGGCCUCCUGAUCCUGGCGGCACCGGGGGAGGUGGCGGGGCCUGCGGCCACCGGGGAGGAGCCUUCCCCCGGCCCCGCUCCCGCCCAGGCCCAGGCCCAGGCUGCGGCCUACCCCGGCGGGGAGAGCGGCCUAGCGCCCGAGGCCGGGCCCCGGCACCUCCUGCCCGAACAGCCGCUCCCUGCACCCCCGGGCCUUGGGGACUCGAGCAGCCUGGGCCUGGAGUGCGGGCCCGGCCCGGCCUCGGGCACCUCUUACGGGGACCUGAUUGUAACGGAGAGCGGGGAUGUGCUGAUGAAGCUGUCGGAAGGCCUGGGCCUAGGCCGCGGCAAAGCCUCGGGCCCGGUUUACCAGUGCCCGGAGCACGACUGCAGGGAGGCGUUCGACAAGAAGCACCGGCUGAAGGUGCACCUGCUGUCCCACAGCCCGCGGCCUUUCCGCUGCACGGUGCCGGGCUGUGAGUGGGCCUUCACCACCUCCUACAAACUCAAGCGGCACCUACACUCCCACGGCAAGCUGCGGCCUUUCGGCUGCCAGGCGGAGCGCUGCGGAAAGCGCUUCACCACCGUCUACAACCUCAAGGCCCACAUGAAGGCGCACGUCCAGGAGCUCGCCUUCGUCUGCGAGGUCUGCUCACAGCCUUUCGCCACCGCCCUGAAGCUCAGCGGCCACCGGCGCAGCCACUUCGAGCCCCAGCGGCCCUUCAAGUGCGACGUCCCGGGUUGCGAGAAGACAUUCAUUACCAUCAGUGCCCUUGGUUCUCACAACCGUUCCCACUUCCGAGAUCAGGAGCAUUUCACUUGUUCUUUCCCAGGCUGUGACAAACGUUAUGACAAAGCCUGUCGCUUGAAGAUACACCUGAGAAGUCACACAGGUGAAAGGCCCUUCAUAUGUGACUUCGAUGGCUGUGGCUGGUCAUUCACCUGCAUGUCAAAAUUACUACGGCACAAAAGAACCCAUGAAGAUGAUCGGAGGUUUGUCUGUCCUGUGGAUGGCUGUGGAAAAUCGUUCACAAGGGCGGAGCAUCUGAAGGGACACAGCAUCACUCACCUUGGGACCAGGCCAUUUGUUUGUCCCGUGGAAGGUUGCGAAGCUCGAUUCUCAGCACGUAGCAGCCUAUACAUCCAUUCCAAAAAGCACCUAGAAGAUGCAGAAAAAGUGAAAACACGCUGCCCCCUAUCCAACUGCAGCAAAUUCUUCAACUCUAAGCACAGCAUCAAGACCCACAUGAUGAAGCAGCAUAACAUCAGCUCUGAUUUAUUCUCCCAAUUGGAAAUGACGGGCUCCUUGACCCCAAGCAGUGAGCUGACAAGUCCGAGUCAAGGUGACCUUAGCAACGUGGACAUUGCCUCACUCUUCACCACUGUCCCAGUCAAUCCGGUCAGCAUCUCGCCAGACAUAUCACUUGUGAGCUCUGGAAUCCUGACGAUCGAUGCUGCUUCUGUGGGAUCCAGUCUUGGAGGAACAGUUUCUGUUAACAGCAAUGCCAUGGCACAAUCCUCAGAUCCUCUUAUUGUAGCCACUGCAGACAUGUCGCACACCAUAGACAGCACUCUGGGCCUCACUACUGGUGUUUUACAGGCAAAUAGCUUGAAUUUGGAAGGUGUACAGCCAGUCAGUACAGAGGGGCUGGGGUCCCUGAGUACCUUGUCAAUGAGAUCUACGGGAAGCUGUCAGGAUCUACAAGGCCUGUCAUCCAGUGGAGCCCUGACUCCUUCCAGCAGCCUUGGGGCCAGCCAUGUCCCAGAAUUGUUGACUCCAACUAAAGUCGAACGGCACAUGCUGAGUGUAUCUGAUAUGAUGAGCCAGCAGGAGACGAACAAAGUGGUCACUCAGUUUGUGUUCUCCAAUUUAAACCCUGCAGCUGGCAACUUCAGCACACAGAAAGAAUUAGAGUUAAACAUGGUGUCUUGCUGUCCCUUCCUUGAAAGUGGGGGAUCGGCUCGGACAGAUUACAGGGCUAUACAGCUUGCUAAGAAGAAGAAGCAGAAAGGAGCCGGAGGUAACAUGGAGAAUGCAAACGGUGCUGGUCAAAGUAAGAAAACUAACAGGGGACAGGCUACUCCAUCUGCUGCUGUGAGCCAGAACAGUCGCUUUGGGAAUGUUAUAUUGCCUGCUGGUGGUUUGACAAUCCGUGACCCAACGACGGGAGCUCCCUACGUCCAGACCCAGCUGUUGCAGGAUGAUCCAUCGAGCGAUGGGGAUCUGGCUUUCCAGCUUUCAGCACAGUCUCCAACAUCCCAUUCACAGCUCACCGUUGAUCUUCCUGUUAAUAUUCUCCAGGGAGGAGCUCAGGAGGAAGCCGCAGUGGAUCAUCCAUUUGGAGCCUCAUCCAUCAGCUGAAGAUGACAGCGCUAACGGUUCCCAGUUUACUGGCAGCACUAUAAAUCUUCAGGACUUGGAGUGACAAGACUUAGACAAACUAACACACUGGCACACUGGCUGAUAAAAUUUGCACUUUCUACAGAGUCAGACAAAGCCCAGGAGCUGGGUGGUUCACCUUGUAGAUCUGGACUUUGUGGGGUGGCUUGAUGUUGGAAAUUGCUCAAUUGGACAUAGGGUUUGACUGCACUAAUGGAAAUGCAAUUUCCUCAACAUCACAGGCUGAGGCUCCACACCUCGAAUCUGGGAGUUGAUAUACGAACUUUACAUUUUAGAAUUCUUGGAAUGGGGAUUAUCUCCUGGAGGAACAAGAGAAAGACUUGGCACAUUGAAUGACUCUGGUUAAUGCUUCCUGUUUUGCAAAGACACCUUCUGGGAAAGACUGCAAUUCUAAUUUUAAGAGGGCUGUAUAGUUUGAACACAUUUCACUCAGAUGGAGGGGGAGUUGGUGGGGGGGCUUCUGUAAAUCAUUAGUGCCCUUCACCUAAAUAAAAAUUCUCUCCUUUUCCAAAAAUGAGUGGGUUCUACAGGUGUAGCUGUGAAGGUGACAAGGCUGAACUGUGGUCUCUAAUUGAGACUCGUGCAUUGGACUUUUACAUUUCCUCUACAUCUGCCUUAAAGAGGGUGGCCAGGGUUUAGUUUGGGAUAGAAUAUAGCAUCUCAAUAAAACUUACUGGAUAGUAUCUGAUUGCUGCUGUUCCAAACUGAGCUGUCAAAUCUCUAAAUGACAUAACUGUACCAUAGUGUGCACAAGAUACAGAGCCUUGUUCCUUGUUUUCACUGCAAAGAUGUUGAAGGUAAGAAAUUGCCGAGCUUCCUCUGGGAUCCAGAUUGGAGGAAUCCCGCAUUGUGUUCUAAAAAUGGGAAUAGCAAGAGAGUGAGUGAGUAUUUGGAAUCCUGAGGUUGACUGAGAAUGGGUUGUGCAAGAAUGCCUGCAUCAUCUGGGUGUGAGUUUAGGGAGUAUGUCUAAUGUCUGUCCCCUGUGUGAGAAAGUCUGGGGAGUGUGUCUAAAGUCUGGCCUCCUGGAUGAGUGAAUCCAGGGAGUGUGUCUGAAGUCACUCCUCUGGGUGAAUGAGGCUGAGGAGUGUGUCUGAAGUCUGUCUCUUGGGUGAGUGAGUCUAGGGAGUGUGUCUAAAGUCUAUUUCCUGGAUGAGUGAAUCCAGGGAGUGUGUCUGAAGUCUGUCCCCUGGGUGAGUGAGUCUAGAGAGUAUCUAAAAUCUGUCUCAUCAUACUUUGUUCUUUGGACAGUUUGUCAGGGAAAACUAACUUUUAGCUGUGGCAGCUGAGUCACCACAAACCUCGUCUCCUUAACUGAAGUUUAAAUAUGUAUAUUUUAAAUGUUUUUAUAUUGUACAGUAUGUAUAUUUAUUUAUUCUUUUUUACAUUUCUAAAGAAUAUUUGUUGAGAGGAGAUUUUGAGAGAGCAGAAAUGGUCGAAUUUGCACUCAUUUCUACUGCCUUUACGUAAAUUACACACCGUGUUGGGGCAGUGAAAUUUUUUGGGGGGAUUUAGUUUUUACUGGGUUGUGCAUUUGCUGAGUGUUAAAUCUCAGUGAAGAUAGAAAUGGAUUCAGAUAACUUUUAACUUUACAAUGAAACCUUUGGGAAAGGGAGUGGACAAUCCCUCCCCCACCAAUGAACAAGGUGCCUAAUUGUGCAAUUUGUGUACAGACAGUGUAUGCUCUGUGUACAACUUUGUGUUAAAACUCCUUAACCUAAUGGUCUGGUUAAUGCUUAAGAUUUUGAAAAUUAACAAAACUUCCUACAGUUCUUGUCUGCAUUAAAGAUUGAAGCAAUGUGGCCCCAUCACAUGUAAGGCAGCAGAUUUAUAUUAAAAAUAAAUGGAAUUUUGGCA